AUGCUCGCUACUUUUUCUAAACAAUACAUCACCUGCAUAUCUAUCUAUCUAUCUAUCUAUCUAUCUAUCUAUCUAUCUAUCUAUCUAUCUCAUUCUGUUCAUUAUCUAUCUAUCUAUCUAUCUAUCUAUCUAUCUAUCUAUCUAUCUAUCUAUCUAUUAAUUAACGAUCAUUUUUCCAAGUUUCUAUCUGCCAUUUUGGGACUGGGAAGUAGGACAUCUGACCCACACAUCUAUCUCAAUCAGGAGUCCGGAAGCCAAACAUAUGCUGGCGCACUGCCACGAGGCACAUUUGUCAUGGGGAUUUUGCUGCUUUGCAAUCAAAUUCUGGUCACAUUCAGACCUGAUGAAUUUUAUAUUUGUAUUAAUCCUAUCUAUCUAUCUAUCUAUCUAUCUAUCUAUCUAUCUAUCUAUCUAUAUCUAUAUAUAUAUAUAAAAAUAUUUUCUUUCUUUCUUCCUUCCUUUCUUUCUCUCUCUCUCUCAUUCUCUGUUUCUCUCUCUCUGUUUCAGUCUCUUUAUAUCUAUCUAUCUAUCUAUCUAUCUAUCUAUCUAUCUAUCUAUCUAUCUAUCUAUCUAUCUUUCUGUUUCUAUCUAUCUAUCUAUCUAUCUAUCUAUCUAUCUAUCUAUCUAUCUAUCUGUCUAUCUAAUCUAAUCUUUGUACUUGUUUGUAUCAAUUGUUUCAUAUCUAUCUAUCUAUCUAUCUAA